AAACACGAAAAGUGCCACUUCUGCAAUGCUACGUACUUUGGGAUCCGCAUGCAAGACACUUUUUAAAAACCCACUGGGAAAUCGAAGAAUGGCCGCCCUGCAGCAAAUCGUGGACAACAAUGAGCGCGCUCAGGCCCUGCUCGACUCAAUUAAAUCCGAGAUGAGCGGAAUCCAGCAACAACUUGUUCAGCGCAAGAAGCAGGAACUGAUCAAGGAAAACGCCCAACUGGCCAAGGAAAUAGAGUCGGCUCUGGCGCAGCUAGUACGAUUGGAACUACAAAACGGAAAAACCCAGAUUGCGGUGCCCGGCUCCCGUGGCUUGUGCACCAGUGCUCCAGCGGCUCCGCCUGCGACAAGCGAAAAGCCUCCAGCAGAAGCUCCAGCGCCCAAGACCGCCAAGGAGCCCAAGCCGGAAAAGAAGGCCAAGGACAAGAAGCCAGCAGCAGAGAAGCCCGCUGCCGUUCCUGAAGCUCCAGUAGACGUUGGUCGUCUCGAUCUGCGCGUCGGUAAGAUCGUGGAGGUGGGCCGUCAUCCCGACGCCGACAGCUUGUAUCUGGAGAAGAUCGACUGCGGCGAGGCGGCACCGCGAACCGUUGUGUCCGGCUUGGUAAAGUUCGUGCCACUGGAAGAGAUGCAGGACCGACUAGUAGUGGUCAUGUGCAACCUGAAACCGGCCAAAAUGCGCGGUGUUACCUCCGAAGCUAUGGUGAUGUGCGCCUCCACUCCGGAAAAGGUUGAGGUCCUUAGCCCGCCCGCCGGAGCUGUUCCCGGUGAUCUGGUCUACUGUGAAGGAUAUCCUCGCCAGCCGGAUGCCCAACUGAACCCCAAGAAGAAGAUCUUUGAGGCGUGCGCCCCCGAUCUGAAGACGAAUGACGCCCUGGUGGCCUGUUACAAGGGAGCUGCGCUCCAUGUUCCUGGCAAGGGUAACGUAGUAGCCCAAACCUUGAAGAACGUCAGUGUGAAAUGAGCCAAUAAACCAAACAUCGCCACCUA